UGGCAGCAGAGGGGGCCGGCCGGGUGCCUCCGCAGCUAGGCUGGCAGGGCCCGGCGGGGCGUGUGCGGCUGCUGGUACGCGCCCCCAGCCCCACGCCUCCCCAUGCAGCCCUGGCAGUGCCUCCGGCGCUUUGCCCUGGCCUGGUGGGAGAGGACCGCGGAGGGCAGUGCCCGCGCUCCCCGGGAGGAGGCUGGACCAAGGGACGCUGGGGGCCGAGGGGAGCCAGGGCUCCAGCGAGCGGCGGGAGGGAAGCCUCCAGGACUGUGUUCCCUCUGUUUAAAGUCUCCAGAUCCGGAGCGGAGCAGCCCCCCCAUGCUGUCUGCGGACGAUGCCGAGUACCCGCGGGAGUACCGGACCCUGGGGGGAGGGGGCGGCGGGGGCGGCGGGGGCCGGCGCUUCUCCAACGUGGGGCUGGUGCACACGUCGGAGCGGCGGCACACGGUGAUCGCCGCCCAGAGCCUGGAGGCUCUCAGCGGGCUCCAGAAGGCGGACGCCGAUCGCAAGCGUGAUGCCUUCAUGGACCACCUGAAGAGCAAGUACCCCCAGCACGCCCUGGCCCUCCGAGGCCAGCAGGACAGGAUGCGCGAGCAGGUUGGCGGCUGGACCGUGGACCCUGUGUGCCUCCUCAGCUCCCUCUGCUCCCACCUCCAUGGCGACUCCGCCCCCUCCGGGGCUGGCCAGCCUGCCCAGCAGCCAAACUACUGGAGUUUCAAGACCCGCAGCUCGCGUCACACUCAGGGAGCCCAGCCGGGGCUGGCAGACCAGGCAGCCAAGCUGUCCUACGCCUCAGCUGAGUCGCUGGAGACCAUGUCGGAGGCUGAGCUGCCCCUGGGCUUUAGCAGGAUGAACCGCUUCCGACAGAGCCUGCCCCUCUCUCGCUCAGCCAGUCAGACCAAACUGCGAUCUCCAGGGGUGCUGUUCCUGCAGUUUGGGGAGGAGACACGGCGCGUGCACAUCACGCACGAGGUCAGCAGUCUGGAUACGCUGCAUGCACUCAUCGCGCACAUGUUCCCGCAGAAGCUCACCAUGGGCAUGCUCAAGUCGCCAAACACCGCCAUCCUCAUCAAAGACGAGGCGCGCAACGUCUUCUACGAACUGGAGGACGUUCGGGAUAUCCAGGACCGCAGUAUUAUCAAGAUCUAUAGGAAGGAACCACUGUAUGCUGCUUUCCCUGGCUCACACCUCACAAACGGGGACCUUCGGAGAGAGAUGGUGUAUGCUUCGCGGGAGUCAUCGCCCACUCGGCGACUCAAUAACCUGUCGCCGGCACCGCACCUGGCAUCUGGUUCGCCGCCUCCCGGGCUACCAUCUGGGCUGCCGUCGGGGCUGCCGUCGGGUUCGCCAUCGCGCUCGCGUCUCUCCUACGCUGGGGGGCGCCCGCCCUCCUACGCUGGCAGCCCCGUGCACCACGCGGCAGAGAGACUGGGAGGUGCCCCUGCCACCCAGGGCGUUAGCCCCAGUCCAAGCGCCAUCCUGGAGCGUCGCGAUGUCAAACCGGACGAGGACCUGGCGGGGAAAGCGGGUGGCAUGGUGCUGGUGAAGGGCGAGGGUCUCUACGCCGAUCCCUAUGGGCUGCUGCACGAGGGCCGCCUGAGCCUGGCCGCGGCCGCCGGCGACCCGUUCGCCUACCCCGGCGCAGGCGGCUUGUACAAACGCGGCUCGGUGCGCUCGUUGAGCACCUAUUCGGCCGCUGCGCUGCAGUCGGACCUGGAGGAUUCGCUGUACAAGGCGGCAGGCGGCGGCGGCCCGAUCUACGGCGACAGCUAUGGUUUCCGCUUGCCGCCCUCCUCGCCACAGAAACUGGCCGACGUGGCAGCGCCCCCCGGAGGGCCCCCGCCGCCUCACAGCCCCUACUCAGGGCCACCUAGCCGGGGCUCGCCGGUGCGUCAGUCUUUCCGAAAAGAUUCCGGCUCUUCCUCGGUCUUCGCUGAGAGUCCCGGAGGCAAGACCCGCAGCACCGCGGGCUCCUCGACAGCCGGAGCCCCUCCUUCCGAGCUCUUCCCUGGGCCUGGGGAGCGCUCGCUCGUCGGAUUCGGGCCACCAGUACCAGCCAAGGACACGGAGACCAGGGAGCGAAUGGAGGCCAUGGAGAAGCAGAUUGCCAGCCUCACAGGCCUGGUGCAGAGCGCCCUACUUCGAGGCUCAGAGCCUGAGACACCCAGUGAGAAGAUUGAAGGCUCCAAUGGAGCAGCCACCCCAUCAGCACCAUGCGGGUCAGGCAGCAGAAGCAGUGGGGCAACCCCUGUGUCUGGCCCUCCCCCUCCCUCAGCCAGCAGCACCCCUGCAGGGCAGCCCACAGCUAUCAGCCGGCUGCAGAUGCAGCUGCACUUGCGUGGCCUGCAAAACAGCACCAGUGACCUGCGUGGCCAACUUCAGCAGUUGCGAAAGCUCCAGCUCCAGAACCAGGAGUCGGUGCGCGCGCUGCUGAAGCGCACAGAGGCGGAGCUGAGCAUGCGCGUGUCCGAGGCGGCGCGGCGGCAGGAGGACCCGCUGCAGCGGCAGCGCACCCUGGUGGAGGAGGAGAGGCUGCGCUACCUCAACGACGAGGAGCUCAUCACCCAGCAGCUCAAUGACUUGGAGAAGUCGGUGGAGAAGAUCCAGAGGGAUGUGUCCCACAAUCACCGGCUGGUACCCGGCCCUGAGCUGGAGGAGAAGGCGCUGGUGCUGAAGCAGCUUGGGGAGACACUGACGGAGCUCAAGGCUCACUUCCCCGGCCUGCAGAGCAAGAUGCGGGUGGUGCUGCGCGUGGAGGUGGAGGCAGUGAAGUUCCUGAAGGAGGAGCCGCAGCGCCUGGAUGGGCUCCUCAAGCGCUGCCGUGGGGUCACAGACACGCUGGCGCAGAUCCGCAGGCAAGUGGAUGAGGGUGUGUGGCCACCCCCCAACAACCUCCUCAGUCAGUCCCCCAAGAAGGUGACAGCUGAGACUGACUUCAACAAGGGGCUGGACUUUGAGAUGCCACCCCCCAGUCCUCCACUGAACCUCCAUGAGCUGAGCGGGCCGGCCGAGGGAGCCCCUCUCACCCCCAAGGGCAGCAACCCCACCAAAGGCCUGGAUCCUUCUGGCAAAAGAAGUGUGGACAAGGCUGUGUCUGUUGAGGCUGCAGAGCGGGACUGGGAAGAGAAGCGGGCAGCCCUGACCCAGUACAGUGCCAAGGACAUCAAUCGGCUGCUGGAGGAGACGCAGGCAGAGCUACUCAAGGCCAUCCCGGACCUGGACUGUGCCAGCAAAGCCCACCCGGGCCCAGCCCCCACCCCGGACCACAAGCCCCCCAAGGCACCCCAUGGCCAGAAGGCAGCCCCCCGAACAGAGCCCAGCGGGAGGAGGGGCUCAGAUGAGCUGACAGUGCCCCGAUACCGUACGGAGAAGCCCUCCAAGUCACCCCCGCCACCCCCUCCCCGCCGGAGCUUCCCUUCUUCCCAUGGCCUGACCACCACACGCACUGGAGAGGUGGUGGUCACCAGCAAGAAAGACUCAGCCUUCAUCAAGAAGGCUGAGUCUGAGGAGCUGGAGGUGCAGAAGCCCCAAGUGAAGCUGCGGCGGGCUGUGUCUGAGGUGGCCCGCCCUGCCUCCACGCCACCCAUCAUGGCCUCUGCCAUCAAGGAUGAGGACGAUGAGGACCGCAUCAUCGCCGAGCUGGAGGUGUUUGAGAGAAGCUCAGUGUCUUCCCUACCCCCCACGCCCCGUCGCCAGCCGAUCCCCACCUUGCUGUCCCCCCAGGACCUGGGGCCCCCCGGGGGCACAGCCCUGGGCCCCACAUGGAAGUGGGCUCCGAGAUGGCUGCCCCCAACUUCUGGGUUGGCUGAGGUCUAAUGGCACUGUGGUCUGGCAGUGGGAGCAGACUAGGCUGUCUGCUGGGCAGGGGAUGGCUUGGAUCAGUCUGAGGGGCCAUCAGGGGAUGAGCAGCGUGGAAGGGGUGCCUCUGGGGCUGGCUGUGCCCCUGGCACCAGCUCCUGUUCCUUUCUGGCUUUGGAGACCUGUUUUGAGGGGUCCAGCGGGCAGGGCCACUUCCCUGGCCGCCUAGGCCUGGCUGACCCUCUGCGUCCUGAGGUGCCGUCGGGCAAUGGAGCUGGGCGAGCAUGGGUCACCUGUUUGUCUUCCCAGGCUGCACCCCACUCCCAGGUAAGCAGGUGGCAGGGCUGGAUGGUUGCCUUGGGAGGGGGUGGUUGAGGUCUCUGCUGCCCCCACACAUCUGCACACAGCUGCUUUUUCUUUUGGGUACCAAGGAUUGAACUCAGGAGCACUUAACCACUAAACCACAUCCCCAACCCUUUUUUAUACUUUAUUUAGAGACAGAGUCUCACCAAGUUGCUUAAGGCCUUGCUAGGUUGCUGAGGCUGGCUUUGAACUUGCCAUCUUCCUGCCUCAGCCUCCCGAGCCACUGGGUCUACAGGCAUGGACCACCGAGUCUGGCUCCCCAUGGCUUUUUAGUGGAAAGAGCACUAGACUGGAGUGAGACCAUCUAGGUUCAAAUCCCGGCUCUGCUACUAACCAGCUGUGGGUCAGUGACAGUGGGGAUCAUACACUGUUCCUGGCCCACAGUUUCUCAUCUGUACAGAGGGGACUGAGAGUGGCAGUUCAUUUCAUAGGUUACAGUGAGCAUUAAAGAUGGGGACAUAUGACAGCAUCUGGCACAGACUGGUGCUCAGAAUUAAACCAGGAUUUGCUCAGGUUGGAGGGUGACCGGGGCCUCUCUGCAUCCCUGCUGGACACUCACACAGAAGCAGAUGCCAGAGGGAGCUUGUGCUGAGUGUGUGUGUGGCAGAGGACCCGGCCAGCCCCUCCCCCUGGAAAUCCUUGGAGAGCACUCACAAAGUGGGGGUGGGGGGUGGGGGUGGGGAUAAUAACCAGAAGCAUCUGGCUAGAGAUGAGGAUCAUGGCCCCGCCCUCAGAGGCCAAGGGACAUCUGCUCUCUGCCUGAGCAGGUCUGAAGGUCUCUGUGGGUCAGUUAAGUUUGUAUUCUAGAGCGCUCACAACGUGCCAGGCUCUGUGCUAAGGAGCACCUGUCCACAUGAACUCUCUCUCUUUCCUCCCCUCUGUUAUUGUUUUCCCAUUGCAUGGUGGGUAGACUCUCUGAGGCUGGCUCCCAGGCUUGGCAUGGGUAGUAAGACACAAACGUGUACCUGUGCCUCUGUGUAAGCAGGCAUCUUUACCAGAAGGUAGCAAACCAUCAGGUGGGGUGUAGGGCUUUGCCUCUCUCAGUCAGGAACAUCCCCCCACCCUGACCUCAGUUUUCCCAUCUGUGAGAGGAAGGGGCCAAACUCACCUGUGUCUAACCCCCAUCCGAGCUCGGGGUUUGCUUUGCCAGGAUCACAUUCUUCCUCACGUUCCUUCUCCC